AUGGCACACCCCCAGACCCUCUUUCCCCAGACCAGCUUCCACGGGCCCUCGAUGCUGGCCUCACGGCGCGCCACCAUCAUCCGCGUGACGGUCAAGGCACAGCUCAAGAGGCUCAAGGAAACGGGCCAGUUUGCCUGCUUCGACCUCAAGUGGCAGCCCAUCUACGGCGACAAGUCGCGCUGGCCCGCGCCACCCACGCUGUACUGGGACAGCGACGUCGCCAAGUGGAUCGAAGGCGCCUGCUACAUGCUGACGGCCGAGUACGACGCCGAGGUCGACGCUGCGGUGCGCGAGCUCGUCGACAAGAUCCGGCACGCGCAGCGCGAGGAUGGAUACCUCAACGUGUAUUUCACGGUUAUCGAGCCCGAGCGGAGGUGGUCGAAUAUCAGGGACCAGCAUGAAUUGUAUAAUGCUGGACACCUCAUCGAAGCCGCUUUGGCUCACAGCAACUAUUACAAGAACGAUCUUCUCAUCGAUCCACUGGAGAAGUACGUGAAACUCAUACGGUCGGUCUUCGGUCCAGGCAAGGACCAGCGACAUGGCUAUCCGGGACAUCCUGAAAUCGAGCUUGCUCUCCUUCGCCUUUACACGGCCACCAGGAACCAGGAUGCAUAUGAGCUGGCACAGUACUUCCUCGAGGAGCGAGGGAAUCCGACUGGACAAGAUGGCAUGAGAUAUUAUGGAUGGGAGCGAGUCCAGCGAGGCGAUAGUCCUUGGAAACGUCCCAAUUGCUACCCCAUGUCCGCGGAUCACUGGUACAACCAAGCACAUAAGCCGAUCCUAGAGCAGAAGUCUGUCGAAGGCCAUGCGGUCAGGGCGAUGUACCUCUAUACAGGGGUGGCGGAUCUACUGUGCCUCGACGAGUUGGGGUUGAAGCCGUACGGUGCCAAGUCAAAGUAUUUCGAGACCCUUUGUGGUUUGUGGAACAACAUGGUCGAUAAGAAGAUGUAUCUGACCGGGGGGGUCGGCUCCAUGUGGCAAUGGGAGGGCUUCGGCAUCGACUACUUUUUACCUCAGGGGUCAGCCGAAGGCGGUUGCUACAGCGAGACGUGCGCUUCCAUUGGCGUCAUGAUGCUUGCAGAGCGCAUGCUGCAUCUCGACUUGAACUCCAAGUAUGCCGACAUUAUGGAACUGUGUCUUUACAACACAGUCAUGACCGCUAUGAGCCUCGAGGGGAGCGCUUUCACCUAUGUAAACCAACUAGCGAGCUCCGAGUCUGAUAAGAGUGCUCGCGAGACGUGGUUUGACACGUCCUGCUGCCCGCCGAACCUCACGCGGCUGUUUGGAAGCAUUGGUGGGUAUCUAUGGGAUUAUGGUGGUGAUGAGACAGGAAACCUGUUCGUCAACGUACACCUGUAUACCACAGCCAAGGUCACAUUCGAGGUCGAUGGGAAGACUGUUGUCUUGGAGCAAAGAUCUGAUUGGCCGUGGGACGGUAAGGUAUUCUUGCAGCUGCAGGCGCCGUCGUCUGCAGCCACCACAAUCCGGCUGCGGCUUCCUGCCUGGGCUGAGAAGCGGUUUACGCUCACUCCGACCCUGGAGUCACCCACGAUCCAAAACGGCUAUGUCAUACUACGACCAUCGUAUACAUCCGCGAACAAGGCCUUCACGAUCGACAUCCACGGCUUCAAACCGCGGUAUAUAUCUCCACACCCAUACACGAAUCAGCAAACCCUGACGCUGGCCCGCGGACCCUUGAUCUACUGCGUAGAGGACGCCGACAAUGCAUGGGAGCAGGACCAUUUCCGAAACGUCGGUAUAACGUCCGGGUCUGGGGUCACGGAGCAUCAAGGCGUCCUUGACAAGCCAGGGGAGCGCUUCAUUGCCCUCCGCACGGUUGGCUGGGUCCGCAAGCUGGACGACGAAUGGGCACGAGCCGGUCCCGGUCUGCAGCCUGGGUCGCACACGACCGGGUCUAUCGAAACGGAGGCUAGAGACAUUACAUUCAUCCCUUAUUAUCUUCGUGCCAACCGCGGGGGCAAUGGACAUAUGAGGGUUGGGCUACUCAGGCAAUGA